AUGGCGGAAGCGGCAGAAGUGGCAGAGGUGGUAGAAGCAGCAGAAGUGGCAGCAGCAGCAAUAGAAAUGGCGUUCCCUAGUGGAAGCGAAGAAUCAAAGUUCAAAUGCGACGACGAAUGCCAGAAAGAUGCGCAGAAGUUAAAGGACAUGGCGACCGAGUGCGAGAAAAAAACGAACUGCACAGAGGAGGAAUACCAGAAAGAAUGCAGCGCGGAGGUGCCCGAGAAAGUUCAGCUAGAUGGCAACAGGAUGAUCAAGAUGGACGUUUUGGUCACCGCUGAGCAGAAACUGGACGAGAGCUGCGCGAAGGCACCCGCCAGGGACGACGAAGACCCGCUCAAGAGCAUUUGUGACAACAAGGAAGCCAUCAAACAAGAUGUUCGGGGCUGCGUCGAAAAAGGUAAAAAAGAGCAGAAAGAAGGCGACCAAGGAGUAGCCGCAGUCAUGGCCAUACGUAAAUGCGUGUGCGAUUACAGCGAGAUGCACUGAGCCGAAAUCCCAUGUACAAGACCACGACGUUCCAGAGGAAAACUUGUAAUCCUUUACAACAACACCUACACGAAAUUCUGGCGAACUACUAAGUGGAAAAUAAAACUUCUGAACAAACAAUAACUCAGGGUAAUUAUUGUUUUAGAAGAAAAGUAAUUUUUGAUGAAAUAAAUAUUACAAGCUGUUGUCGGC